AUGAAUGUAACACAGGCCGCUCCGCCAAAAGGACGACGCGCUUACACGAGGGGAAGAUCCAUAUCGAAUGCGCAACGCGUUACAAACAUCUUUCCGAAAUAUCAGAGUCUCAUUCUCUGUCUUAUUUACGAAUAUGUAUUUCUGAUAGCGUUAACAGCUGGCCGAGGAGACGCCAGGAAUGAAGUUGGCUUGGCAGCGAUAGAUCUUCAAUACCCGUACUUGAUCCUUUGUCAAAUCAGCGAUUGCCAAACAUAUGUGAAUACCUUGACGAAAAUUAACAUUCUCGACCCAAUAGAAAUACUGAUGCCCGAAACAAUGUGCGAGCGCGGUAAUAAACUGUAUAAAUCGAUCAAAGAGAAAUUCAAUGCUCUCAAUAUCACGCCGAUUUCACGAAUACACUUUAAUGAGUCGACCGGCAUGGAACGCGUGCGAACUUUAUGCGCCAGAGAGUAUUCAACUGUGGAAUUGAUAGUAAAACAAAAGUAUUACGCUUUGGCUGCCGCUGCGGCAUUGUUAAAAUAUGUAGAAUACGUCCAACAUAUGGUUUAUGCUCCAAAAUCGGUGCGAAUAGAAUUUCAAGGAUCCCCGAAUACUACUAUGAUUGAUAUCGAGAGCGCACGGAGUCUGGAACUGGUGGUUUCGCAGUCCAAGCAUACCAUCGUCAGUCUGCUGGGUACGAUGGACCGCUGUUUAACUCCUAUGGGUAGGAGACUCCUGCGCGCCUCCAUCCUCCAGCCCGGCUGCGACGAACGUCUGAUCCAGGAUCGACAGUCCUGCGUAGCGGAAUUAGUAGCCAAUCGUUCUCUAUGCACCAGUCUUCAGCCGGUGGUACAACGCCUCUUCGGCACGGAUCGCUUGCUGACGUUAGCGAUUAAACCUUUACACGUCAACGACAUACAAAACGCAGAGCGAAACUUAAAUUACGCGUUGCUCUUGAAGAACUGUCUGGACACUGUUCCGGAAUUGGAAACAAUCCUCGCAACCGGUAUUCAUCCAUUUUUUGCGAAAAUGCGAAAGAAUUUGGGAAAUUCGGAAUUCCGAGUUAUGAAAGAUAAGAUUUUGACAUUGAUACAUGCGGACGCGAGAUUCGUGAAGGGAUGCACUUCCCUGAGUAUGCAGCGGUGUUUCGCUAUAAAAGCUGAUAUCAAUGAAUUAUUGGACGUCGCUCGGCAAAUUUACUGCGAAUUAAUCAGCGACAUGAAAAGUAUAUAUACAUAUAAAUAUAUUCUGCCAUUAUCCUUGGAAUAUAACGCGAACUUGGGCUAUCAUAUAAACGUUGUAAUACCGCAAAAUGCGAGCAUGAUAAUCUCGGACUUGCCGGCGGAAUUUAUUCAGGCGCGAAAAAACAGGAGAUCCUUCACGAUGACCACAACAGCGCUAUUGACGUUAAAUAAACAGUGCAAGAAUGCUUGCGAAGAGAUUUACGUGAUGAGUAACACAAUAAUUUGUAGAUUGUUGACUAAUUUACUGGAGGAUAUAAGACAGCAUGUCGGCUGCUUGUUUCAAUUGAGCGCCGACGUGGCAGAAUUAGACUUGAUACUUUCGUUGGCGCAAAUCAGCAGUAAUCCGGAAUACGUGAGGCCAUCGUUCGAUUCGAAGUUAGAAUUGGUGAACUCGUUUCAUCCUAUUAUGGAGUUAUUUAACAGGGACUUACCCGUAGCUAACGAUGUGAACGCUUCGAUUGCAUAUAAUUUUCAUUUGAUAACUGGACCGAAUAUGAGCGGCAAAUCCACGUAUCUAAAACAGAUCGUUCUACUUCAAAUCAUGGCACAGAUUGGUUCUUACGUGCCGGCGGCAAAGGCGACGUUUCGCAUAGCGGAUCGCAUACUUUGUAGAAUGAGCUCUCGCGACGACGCCGAGCUCAAUGCGUCCGCCUACGUCCUCGAGAUGAAGGAGGCGCAAUACAUUCUGCAAUCCGUCACACCUAGGUCUCUCGUGGUUCUAGACGAGCUCUGCAAGCAUACCACUGUCGAGGAGGGUUCGGCUAUCGCUUGGUCGAUAUGCGAGAAAUUAUUGCUGACGACUGCGUUCACGUUUGCCGCGACGCAUUUUUUACAUCUCACCGCGCUGAGAAACAUGUAUUACAACGUGACAACUCAUUGCUUCGAGACAAAAACCGCGGAAGAAUCGAACGAGCUACAUCUGAUAUACACUCACAAAUUGAACCCCGGAGUAGGACCUACCGAUCACUAUGGCAUUUCUCUGGCGGAAGUGUCUUCUCUACCGAAAAGUGUUACGACUAAAGCACGAGAGUAUGCGUCUCGGCAAUCUACCCCACAAAAUAAUCUCGGAUCCGUUGCAAGUUCCCCAUCGUGGAAGAAAUCGUGUUACGACGCGGUCGUUCAGUUGCGCGCGCUGUUGGAGAACAAUCGUUUCAUUUUCGCAAAUAUCAUAAAUAUCAUGAGGCAACUGGAUCUAGGUGAGCAACGUAAGAAGCAACUUGCAGAAGGAGCACAAAUUCCCGUAAUAUCCACCAGCGUCACGCAAGAACGUGAGAAACACGAGGAGAAGAAAAACUCUGCGUCGAACGAUAAUCCAACGGCAACCAACGACAAUGCAAUGUCGAUAAUCGAAUUAGUGGAACAAAAUGAAAGUCAACGAGAGCACCAAGCGGAGGACGAGCCAAUGGAAAUUGUGGAAACUGAUCGGAAUCGGAACGUAGAUUUGUCGAUUCACGGAGCUAUUAUAAAUCGCGCGACAUUCUUGUCACAGCCGGAAACAACCGAUGAAGAUUCGAGGAACGUUAAUUCGCGACUUCCAAAUCCUAGCGCGCCGCAAUUAUCUCAUUCGAACUUAACGAAGACCAAGUCGUUUAUCGAACAGUCGAUCUCUGAUGAAAAUCCUAUUACCAUCGAUCCGCGAUUUUAUGUUUGCACGUCCUUCGGAACAACGACCAGCCAGAAAACGACAUUAGCAGUCGGAGAAUUAACAGGGCAGACGGAGAUAAUAGUACCACAUGGCAGCUUAGGAUCGAACGUUGCUUUAAAUUCAAUAGCGCCUUCUCCGUCAGUAUCCUCUAGAUCCUCUCAAUAUCACGAUUAUUGUUUAUCCGAGGGAGAAUUCGACAUUUCUCUGUUGUCUUGUCAAUCAACUUUGACUGAUGUAACAAAGAUGCAGCGAUCUAAAGAGAUUUCGCAGCGAAUCGGGAACUAUACCUUCGAUGAAAGUACUUUCUUGAAUAUGCCAGAAUCAUUGAACCUUACUCCAAACGAUGACGUAGUAAUGUCACCGAUGUAAUUUAUUUCGCAGUAUAAAAUAAUUUCUUUCAUUACAUUAAUUAGUAUUGAUAUAAGAAAAAUUUAAAAAUGCUUUUUUUCCUUUUAAUUGUUUUGUGGUUUUCUUAUCUUUCUUAUCGUUAUUGUAUUUAAAUAAAGAAAAAUGUUUUCUCACUUUAAUUA